AUGCUGCCAUCCACGCGGGCAACUCGCUGUUGGUUUGGCUCUUGCUGCGGCGCUUGGGCUUGCGGAACUGGGCCUCCUUGGCCUCGUGCCUCUUUGCAGCGCAUCCGGUUCACGUCGAGAACAUCGUCUACCUGGUGGGCCGCCGAUGUAACAACUGAUCCUCUUGGCGAGUCCUUUACCCGUCCUGCAAGACAUGUCAAAGGCUUGGUCUGCUCGGCUACAGGUGCCAUCUCACUAGCGGUGCUGGCCCUGACUUCUUUCAUUCUGCUGGCCGUCGCGCGCUUUGCAGUCACGCAGGGAUCCUCGGCGGUCUUCGGAUAUGUGGACACACCCGUCCAGUACCAUGAGAGCUUUUGGGUACGUUCUUGGAGCUACCUCUUUCAGCACUCGUACUAUGGAAAGCUCCUGAUCUUCCCCGGCGACCUCUCCUGGGACGGGAAUCUGGCCGACUACUCCUUCGAUGCCCUUCCGGUGCUGCGCGCCACCUGGCGCGACCUCCGGGUGCUCUCGGUCUGCACGGCGCGGAGCACCCGAACUGGGAACACCGAACGGCCCACGGAACAGGAGUGGUUGGGUUUGCAGGUCGUGGUGAUCCCCUUUGUGCCAGCAUCCAACCUCUUCUUCAAGGCAUCGAAGAAAUUGGACCUCCGUUUCUUCGGGUUCCGUUCCGCUCCGGGUGUUGACUUAGGCCUUGGGACAGAGCUUCGAGAAGCGGCACGGACGCGCCUGGCCGAGACGCCUGGCGGUGGCCUUGUUGCCGCUCAGAACCGACCGGACGAAGGGGACACCGGUGAGGAUUCUGGAAGGGGAGUGUAUCUGUGGCGCUGCGGCGAGCGCGUGUGGCAGUGGCGCUCCUCCGAGGCGCUCUAUGUGGCGGACGCCCUGUCAUGGCCGACGUCGGUGAAGACGCGGCACCAACUGGGCACGGUCUUGCACCAGCAGGGUCGCUAUGAGGAAGCCUUGCUCGAGUUCAAUGCAUCUCUGACGAUCCUCGACGACAAUGCCCUGACGGAUCACUGCAUUGCGCAGAUCUACAUCGAGACGGCACGCUAUCCGUUGGCGCUGGAGCGCUUCGAGAAGAUCCUCCGGGGCCACGGCGUGGGCUUCUCGCCGUUUAACCUGUGGAUGCUGUAUGUGGACUAUGGCUUCACAUUAGUGGCACUGGGCCGCUUUGAAGAGGCGAUCCCAGCGUUGGAGAAAGGCCUCUCCAGGAAUGCGGCUGUGCCCCAUGGCCAAAAUGCCCUGGGCUAUGCCUUUGCCAGCUUGAAUCAGCUGCAAGAAGCACAAGAUGUCCUGGCCAGAGGCUUGGAGUACGACCCGGAGAACCCGGUCUUGUGGUCCAACUUAGCCGUUGUUUGGAUGGUGGCCGGCGCCUUUCAGCAAGCAGCGCAAGGCUUGGAGAAGGCGUUGACCAUCGAGCCGGAGAACCGCGUGGUGAUCCACAACGUCAUGGUGCUCAAAGGUGCUGCGCAGAGCGGCUACCUCACCGAGUCUCCCAAGCUGGACUUGUUCUUCUCUCGGAACUGA